GCAUAAUUUUAAUAUCGAUAGUGACGAUAUACAAUGGAACGAGAUUCGUGUUUGCAUCUAAAUUUUAGUAGCUUUGGAACGACGCAAGUGCACGAGGAUAGAAAGGCGUACAAUGUUAUCGAAGUAAUCGGAUGAAACGUGAGCAAAUCGAAUUACGUGUGGCACGCGCUUGUCGUUCAAUCAGAUAAGCUAGUGGGGGGUUAUUUAGGAAAAUUGUAACCUUUGAAUAUAUUAGAUAAACAUUUUAAACAUGCUCGCAAUAUAUAUAUAUAUAUAUCGUGCAAAUAAUUAUGGAUUCAACCUAUAGUUUUAAUCUAUACGCGGAUGGAUUUACACCGGGUAUUACGUAUGCUUCUCGUAUCGUGCAUAAUCUGCAAUUAUAGGCGGUAAUUGUACGAUAGCUCGUACGCAUUUUCAAAGUAAUGGAUAAAGGAAAAAAAAAAAAAAAAUACUCUUGCAUACAGUAGUCAUUGUAUACCUAAACGAGCUUCACGUGAGAAAUUUUAUUGCAGUGUAUGUAAUAAUAAUAAUAAUACUUACUACGUAUACGUAAUCUUAACUUAUCCAUGUUCAGGCAUUCUAGGGAAAUCCGGUGAUAAAGAGCACGAUAAUCGUGUUCAAAUAUAUUACAAAGGGAAAGUAAUAACGUAUAACGUGUUUUUACAAUCUGAUUAGCAUUUCGUUCUAUUUUUAGUUCAACUAUUUAAUAACAUGUUGCAAGAAUUUUAAUUGCGAAUCAUAUUAUGAAAACGUUCAUUACAUUUAAUAAAUAUGAAUGACUUGUUUAUAAAUACUAUAUUAACAAGCGUCCCAUCGAAUAGAAGGAUUUUUAUGCUGUUAUUUUAACUUUUUUCUUCUUUUUUCAAAAUUAAUCAUAAGCCGAUAACAUAUUACGCGUAACGUUAGCGUUAAACCCGUAUCAUCUUUCCUUUCAUUUACAUUCAAAUUCGCGGCGGAAUGCGAAUCAUUAGUUGAAGCGUAACAAUGCGUAGAGCCGAUGCAUUUAACAUGAAUUGCAUGUACGUACUGUGCUAGACUAUAGGCUAUAGAGUAGGACGCAUUAACAUGUUAAUGCCUUGUCUCGCGCUACAGUUAACUGUCUCGUCUCACUACAGUUAAACGUGUUGGUUGAUCCAUGGCAUUAGUAAUUCAAAGCGUGGAGACACCUAUAUAGCGGGCACAGUCAUAAUAAAACACCCCCAAUGGUAUACCACCGUUUGUAGAUCGACUCGCUACAAAUUGCCCCAUUACGAUUAAUUCCGUUCUGCAAAUCGAUAUUUUGAUUACGAAAAUUAAACACGCGCGAAAAAGAGGAGGAAAAACGAAAUCGAUGAAAAAAAAGAUAUAAUUUUCGAUAGGGAACAAUGGUGAACACUCGAUGAAUAAUUCAAUUCGUUUUAUUGGAUAAACGUAACGCAGCUAUUUUAAAAAUCCUUUGCCGAGAAUUCCAUGACAUUAAAUCGUGAUAUAAAGACUGCCACGAUACAAAGCCACUAUUACUCUCCGUUGGUUCCUUAAUUCCCGAUUCCGAAGACGCGCGGUUCAUCCUCGUAACACACGCACAGAGGACAGCAAUCCAAAAUCAAUGUGCGACGACAUCGGUCAGCGGCUUAGUUUGGGCGUAGUCGUAGCGGAACGUCGAACGUUCUGUGCCGUCGACAAAUUCGGUAUCGCAUUCUCGGAAAGUCACCGGUGUAGAAGGGAUAGAAACUGAUCGGAGGAAGGGAGUUUUAAGGUGGAGUCAAAGAGCGGAAGAGAGAAAAAGAGGGAGAAUGAAUGGAACAAAGAGAGAGAAUCUCCGUUCGAGCAAGAGCACACACUGCAAUGACACUCGCGUAUAUUGACUCAUACACUUGCACGUGGGCUUACAAAGCGUAUACGCAUAGUAGCGGCCUCUUGAAGUCACCGGUGGUAGAAGGGUACGGAGGAGAGGAGUGAGAGUUGCGCGCGGCUAUGUGUAGACCGCGGUGUUAACAAACGGUACACUAAUGUUUCACGUCUCGGUGUGCCUCCACCGUAUGUUUCCAUCUCGCUCCAGUUUCCAGACUCUCUUUGUCCUGCAAUGUGUUCCUCCGUCGACGUCGCCGUGGCGAGCAAGAGCGCGAAGUAGUAGCUCAACGUGCUGCGCACACUGCGGGGUGACGAGAAAGGCAGUGGCACACGAUUUGGUGGUAGUACGAGUAGCUUCGAGCAUGCAGGAGGGGAUAGGGAAAGGUGGUAGGGGGCGGAGCAAGGCUAGUCCGCGCCCACGGAGGGGAAAAAAGCCGAGCUCCGCACCCACCGCGGUAUAUUAGAGGGGGGGCGAAAGAAGUGUGGAAGGGGACAAUUUAUCCAGUUUGUUCUCUCUCCCUUCCUCUUACGCAUCGGUAUGCACCACUACAAAGAUCCUCGUUUAAGCGAGGGGGGAUAAACGCGAGAGCGUGUGAGUUUCACCACGAAACGGCAAAAAUAUCUUCGCUGGCAGGUACUUCUCGUAGGUAGGUGUGUAUAUCGGCAAUCUGCCGGCCGGCGAAAAAUGUCAGUGCACCUUUUUAUUCACCCCGCGAACCACAUCGUCCCCUUCGGUUGUCCCCACCGCCGUUCCACCGAAUGUCCUUCCCCGCAACCUCUAUGCUCGCGAUCCACCACCUACAGCCGCCCCUACCCGCCCCUUUGAUCGGCGGUCGCGCCAGGAGGGCGACAAGUAAGCGCGAGGAGGCGAGUUCCCUUGAAAGAACUGCGCAAAACACACUUUCGCGAUGCCACGGCCGAAGUCGUCGUUGUCGUCAUCGUAUCCGUCGCUCGCCGGAUUGUCAACUUGUACAUUGUUAGUGAUCGUCGGCACGUUGCCGCGCUCGCGUACAACGGUAGAAGACCAACAACGAUCGUUCGGCUUGCUCGGUCUAUACGAUCGAGCUCGUCGUUCGACGUGGAUCACGACGUUUCUUUAAAUUCGACCUAUCGUGGCUACGUGAACGAAAAUUUUAAAAGCCAACGAUCGAUUUAGCGUCGUUUGUUUAUCGCGACUUUCUAAAAGCCGAUGACAAUUGGUGGUGAAACGCGCGAUGGGACGUACACGCAUCAUCAGCGCAUUAAACUGCUGGUACGCGUUUAUGCCGCGUAAAUGUGCCCGUGUAAUACGUUCGUCAGCUGGUGAUGUUCGUGCGUUUCACUGUGUAAGUGUCGAGCGAGAGAGACAUCGCGGCGGUGGUAUAUUGAAGUGAAAAGCAAACGUGCAGUCAAAGAGUUGGAGGGAAAGAGAGAAAAGUUGUGUAGUCAAGUGUUACGUUGUGUGUGGUGUAAGGAGGAGGAUCUCGGGAGGUGGGGGCCAGGAGGUAUAGUGAGGGCGCACCAAGUAGUUGACGAUCGCCACGGUGAAGGAGAAGAGAGAGAGAGAGAGAGAGAGAGAGAGAAAGAAAGAGAGUGGGAACACCGCGGUGGUGGGGAACCGUCAGAGUGUGCGGUCGUGUCCAAGAAAGAGGUGGAGAAGCGAACAGCAACGGCAGGGAGGGGACAACGGGGGAGAGCGAACAAACUACCGGGAAGAAGUCAGCGGCAAGUAAAGCAGCGCCGCCGAGGCUAAACUUCAGGAUCUAUCGAACUAAAAUUGUCGUGUAGUUUCUGCCUCCUCUUCUCGCCCCUCCUAACGCAACCUACCUCUCCCUUGACCCCACCAGAGCCGAACACGGUGGCAACGGCAGCAUCUCGGCCGGUUGCGCCCCCUCUGGCUCGAGCACCCAUCCCCUCCACAAAACGAAAGCCGAACGAAGAGGGAAGAAAGCGGCGACGGUGGGGCGUCACGAGGGACGAGGAGCGUACGGACGAGGGAGAAGAAGAGAUUGGAACGUGUCGUGAAAGAGAGAGACGGAGAAACAGAAAGAGGAAAAGGAGAGAAAGAGAGGGAAGAACGGGAAUCGGAGUGAGAGGGGGUAGGCUGGGAGCGCGUUAGCUGGCCCCACGGGCGACUCACCAUAUUUUAUUGUCGCGUUUGCCGACGCUAACCGCUGGUGUACGGCUCCGUGCCCGAUCUACGAAGAUGCCGACCUGACUCGAGAGAAGAGAAGUAUACACAGAACACUCGGCCUACUAGUAGAGUGCGGUACGAAUUCGCGUGGGUACGAGGUGCCGGUAGUGGCAUCAUCAGCCACCAGCAGAGGUGGCACCAGGCUCCCCCACCACACUGCGCGGCGUGCCGGCCUGGACCCUCCCACCCGUCUCACCGAGGGCAAACCAUCUCGCAAAAAUCGUCCCCCUUUCCAUGGAAGGAAAAGAACUACGGCGACGACUCUGCCACCACCACUGUCGAGCCGACCGUUUCUCGUCACUACCACCACCACCAUCGGCACACUACCAUCGUUAUCGCCAGCGCCACCGUCACUGUACCGCCGCCUCCUCCUACACCGAUCAACCGUCAUCUCGAGGAACGAGGAUACCAGAACUUACGGAUUUGGAUCGCGUUAUCCGGACCUUCGACGAACGCGUCUUACUUAUAACCCACUGUUGGAUUUACCAUCUCUUAUAUAUAUAUCUUUAUUGGUGAUUAUCCGAUCAAAAAUCGGAUAGAUCAGUGACGAUUUAGAAAAGUGCGCGUGUGAAUCAUACUGGACGGAUAAUUGAAAUACCUGUACCUCGAUCGAGUACAUUACACUGUAAGCGCGCGCGAAAGAAGGUUUCCGCCAAGUUCGAAGAGUAGAGAGGGAAGACUCGUCGCAUGGACACGCGCCCUCCUUGUACCCCCUCUAAACACGAGUGAAAACAUACACAUACAUGUGGACGCACACGCACGCGAAUCACGCAGAGGUGAAGACAGAAGUGCCGAGGCGUUAUACACGUGUGACUCGCGCCAGUUUGUAGUUAUUAUUUGUUCGGAGUGCGCGUGUAUAGAUUUGGUGAUACCGAUGAUAAUUUGUGUGUUAAAAAAAUUCAUAUCGGUCAAUUUUCAAUUCUAAUUAUAAAAAAAAAAAAAAAAAAAAUUAACAGAAACGAAUACGAGAAAUCUCUCCGUCGUGUCGUGAUUUCACGGGGUGCAAAGCGAUUCAACGUGUGGACGGAUUUUACAAGCAAGGAAGGAAAAAAAAAAAAAAAAGGAGAUCGGUGUGCGCGAACAAGUCGAUCCUCGCCUUUCCUUUUUCACGAGUCUCUUCGUCACCAUCGCUCGAGUUCUCGAUCUACCACUCUCUCCCUCUCUAUCUCUCGUUUCGCCUCUUGUCCGUCCCUCUAGCGCUUCCUCUCGCUCGCUCCUCCCUCUAUUUCGUCUUGCUUUCUCAUUUCCUCUCUCUCUCUACAUCGCGCUUUCUUCUUCGCACUCGCACUUAUGUACCUCCGCCUUCCUAACCGCUGAGCGGAGGUCUGGAUUCCGUCGAAAAGAAACGACGAUUCAGAGGAUAGUCGCGACCGAUCAUAGCUGGCGCGUCGAUCGGAUCAACGGCGUGAGUUACACGAACGAAUCGUCCACCGGCGCAUACGAUACUUAUAUUUAAGUAACGGGUUAGUUAUAUCUCUAUCGUUAUUAAUUUAUGAUUUAUCGACUUGUGUCACAUCAUUUUUAUUUCAUCUGGACAAAUCUUUAUUUUUCGAUCUCUACAAGUGACUAGUGGUGUUGAACCGUUCCCGUUGACUUAUAGUUGUCAUCAAUCUGUGUUCACACGUGAAAACCCGAAACCGACAGUGUCAUCUUUAUAACACUUGCAUUGUGGUCGAAGAUCGGAAAACUGGUCCCCCUGCUUCUCACAAGUGCCUGCGUUUGUGACAGUGCGAGUGUAUAUACGAGCGGAGACCGCCUUCAGAAUCGGGUACUGGACAGUGCAAUAAAACAGGCGCGAGUUUUAUAGUGAAAAAUUUUUUGCCAUCUUUUUUUUUUUUUUUUUUUUUCCUACGUUGUUUCGCAUUUAGUGACUUCCUCUGGUUCUCCGACCGGCGACGAUUUUAUCUUUCUCGUCGUGUUACGUGGUGAAAAAAUAAAAUUAAAAAGAGAAGGAAAGAAACAAAAGUGAUCCGAUACUUGUUCCGAGUGAGACUUGGUGAGACUGCAACAGAUGCUACUACGGUCUGGAAGGAUGAUCGCGUAGCGGCGCCCGACCAUCACGGCCCUGAGUGGCCGACACAACAUGUCACAGUUCUCUUUUCGAGGAUCGCCAAAUCUACAGUGUCCUGUGACAGUGAGUUCGUCGCUGACGUCUUCUUCGGCCUCGCCGGUGUCCGGCGCGAUCCUGAGCGCGGGCGGUUCGUCGUUGGUCAGCGUAGCGAGCACUGCCACGAAUCAUCCCCUGGGAGUAGCUGCCGGCCUGUCGAACGCGAGGAUGGCGGUGACCAGCGCGGUUGUGAGGCCGCCUGGCAGUCCAACCACGUCGGUCAGCCCGUCGCAGGGUCAUCCGCCACCGACGACCGGCGGCCCAACGCCGACGGGGCGGUGUUGCGACACCGGGAGACCGAUCUUCACGGACCCCCUCACGGGCCAGACCGUGUGCUCCUGCCAAUACGAGCUUAUCGGCGGUUAUCAACGGCUCGGCGCGCUACCGACGGCCGCGCUUUCCAUGUACAGCGCGCCGUACGCCGCCGCGGCCGCCGCCGCCGCCUCCGAGGGCAUGGCCGCCUAUUUCCCGAGCCUUGGGGCCGAGCAAGCGCCCUUCUAUACACCUACGGCUGCUGGCCUCGAUCUGAAGGCGGAAAAUCUUGGGGCUGGAGCCGCGGCAGCAUGGCCUUAUCCUUCCGUGUACCAUCCCUAUGAUGCGGCCUUCGCUAGUUAUCCCUUCAAUGGUUACGGGAUGGAUCUGAACGGGGCAAGACGAAAGAACGCGACGCGGGAGACGACGAGCACGUUGAAGGCCUGGCUUAACGAUCAUAAGAAGAAUCCUUAUCCAACGAAGGGCGAGAAGAUCAUGUUGGCGAUCAUCACUAAGAUGACUCUGACCCAAGUGUCCACGUGGUUCGCGAACGCGCGGAGACGUUUGAAGAAGGAGAACAAGAUGACGUGGGAGCCGAGGAACAGGGUCGAGGACGAGGAUAAUAAUAACGAGGAUGACGACAGUGGAAGAAAGAGCGUGGACGAGAAAGAUCGGUUAGACUCAAAAGACUCGGGCACCGGAUCGAGCGAGGACGGCGAGCGGCCGGCGCACCGGAUGGAUCUGCUCGGCACGAGCGGCGGUUCCACCGGUGUCCAAGGCAGAACCGAGAGCGAAUGGAGCGAGUCCCGAGCAGACAGCGGCCCAGACAGCCCGGAGUGCCUCUACGACCAAAGAGAACCUCCCAGGCAUCCCUUGCAACUGCAACAUCCCGCGUAUCUCGCCUCCUCUCACGGCCGACUGUUGCGCCACCCGUCACCCGAGAGCACGCCACCUAGCAGCCACCACGUCCCGCCAAGCACGACGACAGCGUCGUCGACGGGCAGCGGCGUAACCACGAAGCCUAGGAUCUGGUCCCUUGCAGACAUGGCGAGCAAAGAUGGCGAACAGCAGAGCCCGAUACCGACCACUAUGACAGGUCUCUCAUCACCUUACGGUGGAAGCGGCGGAGCCGGCGGAGGAGUGGCGGGCGGGGGUGGGGGCGGGGGCAAGUUGAUGAGCCCUUUGGCCAGUCGUCUGCCGCCUCAUCAUCCGCUCGCGAUGCACUCCGGCGCGCAAUUUGUCCGACACCAUCCGGAUUUCUACCGCAACCUGUACGGGGCCUCCCAUCUCGGAUCGGGAGACAUGUCGCUGUUGGAGACUUACUCGAGGACCCUGGGCGGACUGAGCGGCGUCAUGCCCCCCUCCACGGCGCCCAGUAUACUGACGUCGUCCGCGUCUGCCGUCUCGGCCAGUGGCAAACCUUUCUCGAUCAACGGUGGCAGCACUGCUCCAGGUGGCGCUGUGCUCCUCACCACAGCGACAUCUGGCCUGUCUCCCUCGUCCUCGUCCACGGCGUCCUCGGGCGGGUCGGACCAGUCCCCUCACCCGAGCCUGUCGUCCACGCAGGAGCUCAAGUCGCCUGGCCGAGUGUGAUUACGAACGGGUGAGUGUGACGAUCACGGACAUUUUUAAUUAUUAAAUAAGUUUCGCCGCGCAGGCGUUGUGUGGUGUGGAUGACAAUAAUAAUCAGAGACUAUGAUUCUUGUAAUUAGUGUACAGUUAACUGGAAAACGAUAUACGAACGAGUUUGGAACCGACGAUGUAACUGCCCUCUUGACUUACUCGAAACCCACGAUGAUCCGUUUCCACCGUUCUUGCUCCGCCAUCUACGAUCCCCUCCCCACUCCCAUUCCCUCGUUUCGCUUCGUAUCCUCAUCCUGAGGCACGAAAUUUCGUCUUGGGCCAUUCUUUUCUUUUUUCUUCGUAUUUUCUCGUGGUAUUCCGGAGUCUAGGCUCCGUGUCAUCGAAAAUUUGAAUUUUUCGAUUCUUUGUUCGAAGAGUAAAAUUAUUUACAGGUUUGACGAAAAAAUACAGAGAAAAAGUAGUUUAGAAAAAGACGAAAUUCCUGCUCUCUCUCUCUCUCUCUCUCUCUAUCCCUUCGUUGUGAGCUUUCUUCCCGACCUCGAAAAUACGAGAAUAAAUACGUGUGUCGAAGGAGAAGAAGAGGAGGUUUGGAGAUGAAAUUGAAAUAGAAAAAAAGGAAAAACGGGAAAAAAAAAGGAAUCGUAGGACCGUUUAUCACCUUCCGUUAGAGCAGCGUAAAAAAAAAAAGAAAAGAAAAAAAAAAUACCGCGGUUUAAAGGAAAAAAAAAAAAACAGGAAAAA